AUGGUGGAAGACAAACAGCUAAUACCGAAGGAACAGUUGACGACAUAUCCUGGACAAAGUGUGGUCAACCCUGUGUCUUUAGAAUGGGGCAAGAUUAAUCCCGAGGAGCGAGGCCCCGUUUUGGUCUCAAGAAACAAAAGAACCAUAUCUCGCCGCAACGCAAUUGGAGCCCACGGUGGAAGCUACUCUGUCUAUAAUGCAUUGGCGAUAGCUGCCGGCGACCUACCUCCCGACUUCAAGCCAAGCUUCGAGAACACUCAGCCUAUAUUUAAUUUUCCACCCCAGGCUGCCUGGGGGGAUAAAAAGAAGAUUGUCUCGAUGGACCCAUUUGGCCACGACGUCGUGAAGCAUUUCAAACAACACCUAGAUGAUGGUCUCGACGUGCGCCCCACUAUUGCUGUGACGCGAGCAACGAUGCGACUAUCUGAGAUUACAGAUUCUAUCCGUGAAAACCGACUACAAGUCGAUGGAGAUAUUAUCAUCAGCAAGGAAGGCGACGUUCGUGUUACCAAAGCUGCGGUAGAACCAGUUUGGUAUCUUCCUGGGGUGGCUGAGCGCUUUGGAAUUGACGAAGGCAGUCUCCGCCGCACGCUUUUUGAGCAAUGUGGUGGGAGCUUCCCAGAAUUGAUCACCCGCCCUGAUAUAAAGGUCUUUUUACCUCCUAUCGGCGGUCUGACAGUCUAUAUCUUUGGAGCGCCCGAGAAAGUGUCUGAUCCCAAUGUCAAGCUGGCUCUUCGUAUCCAUGAUGAAUGCAACGGUUCAGACGUUUUUCAAUCCGAUAUUUGUACUUGUCGACCAUACUUGGCUUUUGGAAUCGAGGAAGCUAUCAAAGAGGCUCAAAAUGGUGGCUCUGGUGUUGUGAUUUAUUUUAGAAAGGAGGGACGCGCUCUGGGCGAAGUCGUGAAAUAUUUGGUAUAUAAUGCACGCAAACGUGGAGGUGAUACAGCCGACAAAUAUUUCGCUAGAACCGAAAAUAUUGCAGGAGUAAGAGACAUGCGUUUCCAAGCUUUAAUGCCGGAUAUUCUCCAAUGGCUAGGAAUCAAGAAGAUCGAUCGCAUGCUUUCGAUGUCCAAUAUGAAGCAUGAUGCAAUUGUGGAUCAAGGAAUUCCCAUCCUAGAGCGGAUCCCUAUCCCAGAUGAUAUGAUUCCUGAAGAUUCUCGCGUUGAGAUAGAUGCCAAGAUUAAUGCUGGCUAUUUCACUACCGGGAAGAAGUAUACCGAGGCAGAGUUGGCUCAAGUCAAGGGUCGUGGAUGGCAAAAUUGGGAGGACGUUGAACACUAA